GAUGCAGCAGCAAUGCAAUCAACCUCGGCAGCGAAAAGCGUACCGAAAAGAUCGACCAAAUGUUUUCAUCUAAAUUACAUCAUUUCUCAAGUUUUAUAUCAUAUAAAACCUGUAUGAGGCUCUUUUGUAGUCACAGUAAUGCUAGUGUGGUUUCUGGUGUGCUAGGGAGAGUAAAGGCGUCUCGUGAAAAACUAAAAACAUUGACAUUGUCACCUGCAAAUUUGUUUGCGUCGUCUGCAAUCUUAAAUGCAACAACGAAGAGACAGUUUCUAGUGACGUACAUUCAUACGCGGUGUUAUUUUCAGCCAGUUGGCAGUUUGGGAAACUUUUUAUCUCUUAAGAAAAAAAUGGCGGAGGCUCAGAGGCAGAUAUUCAGAGCGAAACACCAGAAACGACAGAACCGACUUGCAGGACGCGCCAAAGAGCUCAAACUGGACAGACAGGGGAAAGUGUCCAUCCAAGUGACAGGCGCAGGGACAAGUGCUUGUCCACCUUCCAUCUUGGUCAUUGCCGAAUCUGUCAGAUACCUUUUCAACUGUGGUGAAGGAACACAGCGACUCAUGUUUGAGAACAGGAUAAGAAGCUUGGCAAAGCUUGAGCAUAUAUUCUUUACAAAGAUGACCUGGGACAACCUUGGAGGAUCGAUUGGAAUGAUGAUAACACUGAAGAAUGUGGGUUUGCCUAAACUGUCUUUAUACGGCCCCCCAGAACUGGGGGAGUUCAGCAAAGCCCUGCAGAUAUUUGCCAAGCACGAAGCCAUCAGCCUAGAUGUCAAACCAUACACGCUAGGUCCCUUUGUCAAUGAAGUGAUGACUGUUACACCGGUGCCCUUGUAUGAGGGAUCUGACCAGGGACAACCCAGCUCCAGCAGCACCUCACCCGCAAACCACCAGCCAGACUCUCCUACUGUGAGCCCGGCUGCGGUGGAGGAAACAACAGAUCAAGACCAGAUAGAUGACGAUUCAGACGUGGAGCCUGGCAACUCGGACGGGAAAAAGAGAAAAGCUAAAGAUCCCUUUGAGGUCAUUUCACAGAUGGCAGUGAGACAACGUCACAGCCCCAGUCCUAAACGGAAAAAGACUGAAGAUGCUCCAAAUAUGACUAUUGCGUACAUCUGCAAGAUUCACGACACCCAUGGUCGAUUGGACGUACAAAAGGCAAAAGACAUGGGAUUGAAACCGGGUCCUGACUAUGGCCUGCUCAAAGCUGGAAAAGUGGUGACCACAUCUGAUGGCAAAGAAAUUAAACCUGAAGAUGUACUUCAGCCGUCCACACCCGGUGCUGUUUUUAUUGUUCUGGAGUGUCCAUCUGAAGAGUUUGUGGAUUCUGUUGUCGGCAAUGAAACUAUGUCCAGAUAUCAGGCUGACUGUGGUGACAACACAGCCACACUGGUGAUGCACAUGUGCCCAGAAAAUGUUACCAAUGAUGCCAGAUAUCAAAGCUGGAUGCAGAGAUUUGGCCCGACCACCGAACACGUUAUCUUCAACCACAGUUGCCAUUCAGUGACCCACGAGGCCAGCAGACGGAUUCAAGCCAAGUUGAACCUCAUCCACAAGGAUAUCUUUCCCCUUCUGCCGGUUCAUGGGGAGGAGUCAAUCCAAAAGGACAAAACGAGGAUGGAAGGCAGAUUCGUGGGCAUGAAAAUCCAGAAGGCAGAGAGCUAUAUGCGAUAUCACCUCAGACCACACAUAGGCUGGGACAGAGAGUUUGUCCAGCUACCUAGCACUGAGCCAUUCAUUGAGGAAGCCAUGGCCAUACCAGGCUUCAAGGAGACUCUAGAUCAGUUGGGUAACCAGCUGACAGAGCACCAUCAGAGAUGCUUGACGCUCGAUAGGCCACGGUACCCUGAGGUGGUGUUCUUAGGGACUGGUUCUGCCAUGCCCAACAAAGAGCGAAAUGUCACUGGUAUCCUCCUCAACUUGAGUAAGAACCAGUCCAUGAUUAUGGACUGCGGGGAGGGGACGUUUUGCCAACUGCGUCGUUUCUAUGGAGACGGUGUAGACAACAUAUUGGCCAGUCUGCAGUGUGUCUUUGUGUCUCAUAUACAUGCUGAUCACCACGUGGGUCUUAUCCAAAUCCUUCGUCAGUGGAAAAGGGUGAUGGUUGAAAGAGGAGAGAUGUCCAAAAAUGUGCUGCUGGUGGGUCCCAAGAGGAUGCUGAUCUGGCUCAACAAUUACCACGCCUCUUGCGAGCCGUUCAUCCAUCAGAUGAAGUUCAUUGAGCUGGGUGACCUGUCCUGGAAAUCUGAGGAGAGGACGAGACAUGAGCAGUCGUUGCUGACAAGAUUGAAUUUAGCUGAGUACACAACUGUACCGGUACCCCAUUGCUUCAACAGCCACGGUCUCGUCAUCAAGCAUAGAAGCGGCUGGAAACUAGUCUACUCAGGCGAUGCCAUGCCAAGUGAUAACCUCAUUGAGGCAGGUAAAGAUGCAGAUGUCCUCAUUCAUGAAGCUACGUUAGAAGACGGUUUGGAGGCUGAAGCCCAGAAGAAGCGUCACAGCAUGAUUUCACAAGCCGUGGAUGUCGGCCAGCAGAUGGGUGCCAAGUUCACCCUUCUGACCCACUUCAGCCAGCGCUAUCCCAAGAUCCCUUACUUUGACGAGCAGCUCAGCCACAAGGUGGGCGUGGCCUUCGACAAUAUGAGGGUAUCUUUCUCCGAGUUGGACCAGCUGCCCCUCUGCCUGCCAGCACUCAAGCACGUCUUCACCUCAUACAUUCAGGAGAUGCAGGAACUAAGGGACAAGAGGGCCGAGAAGGAGACCAUUGUGUCGCUGGAGAGCGCCCUCAAGAGUGGAAAGGUGGUCAGUGAGGAGACAGAGUCAAAUGGAAGGCAAACACAAGGUCAGGCAACUUCGGCUAGCUGAUGCUGGUAUCUUGCAUGAAUCAUGUUUAUUUUCACUGCAAAGUCAGUGGCAACUGAUUAUUUAAU